AAUAAAUUGUCACAAGGCGACUAUAUCCGAAACUAAAUACAUAGCAACAGAUAUUACUCAGCGGAUACAUACAUAAUCUGAUCUGCGCGGUAAUACCGUUUCUUCAAGGCUGGCUUUUUCCCGCACGGUCACAUCUAGAUAUGCGAUCGACAUGGUGCGUCGAUGCCCAGGCUUGGCUUGGCUACAUCGGAUAAGAGCACUGCCAAGAGAUGCCUAUUCUCGGGAAUAUCACUCGCAGCAAAGAGCUGUUGUUUCUCGCUACUAUGCUACCUGUUCAACGGUACCAAUCCUCCCAAUGAGCCUUAUGCUUAUGACUCAAUCGGCCAAUAGCGGUCCCGCACAGACCCUCCCAGAGCCUUAUUUAUAUCGAGCCGCGGCGCCAAUUUCUGCUCUCCUUCCCCCGCGUCUUAGAAACAUCCCCGGCUAUUGUUUUAUUUCGGAGGUCUGCUUUCUAAACCCGAAUUGGCAAAAUGCUCAUCUCUUCCACUGCCUCGUACUUUGACGCGACGCUAGUCAACGCUGGCCCGCUGACAUCGACCUUCACGCCGCCUCCAAGCUGUACGCGCCCUAGCGACCAUGGGAUUAACAUCAUUUACGGCAAUAGGACCCGUGGCUGGAGUGUUGAAUGUGAAGAAACUCCCAUAACGCGAGUAUCACUAUGCAAGCCGAGUGAGUCGAAAUGGCUCAGUGAGCCGCUACAUACCGCUAGCACCGACCUCGGAACGGUACGAUACUACUCCCCUGGGCUAGCAUGCCCAUCUGGUUGGGUGACAAGCGGCGUCGCCGUCGUUGGGAAGGAUUCGCAGGUGUCAACAUCAGGUCGCGCGUUUGCUACCGACAAGCCAUGGACAUACCCGGAUUAUCAGCCACUCCCAUUCGCCAGCUACUUUGUUGACAACAUGGAGCCGUCAGAGACUGUUGUCUUCUGCUGCCCUAGCGGAUAUGAUACAAACUAUUUUGGAGGCUGCCACUCCACAGCUGGCGAUCCCAAGAAGUUUAGCUACACCACAGCUUGCGCUGCCUUUAGGACGAUUCUACACGACGGUGCAAAUGUCACUGAACUGCAUGGCAGAACCUACAGCCCGCCACUUCAGAUGCCUGCCACUCUAGGGAAGACGGUUACUAUACAGACCUUUGACUUGCCCCCAACAUCGGUAUCACACUUCCCAGGGGUAACGCCAACUGCUGUCGUUGUCGAUUAUGUCGAAGCUAUUGUCCUCAUUCACAAGGAUUCGGAUGGAAAGGCAAAGGAUAGCAGUGCACCAGCAGUCAAGCCAUCUCUUUGGAGAGUCGCUGCUGCGAUCCCCAUGGCUAUGGCUGUUGGAACCCUUUUGUACAUGGUGUAGCGCUUGAUGGUAGAUUCGUCAGCAACAUUGUAUCUAGGCACUUUUAGUAUACCCUUUAUUAAAUCGAAAACAGUGAAAUAAUGAACUGAAAUCCACAACAGCUCUUCUACAAAAGGCUGUAAUGUAUGUGGAAGGACGAAUCCCCCGAAAGCAAUUAUGGGCACAGAUAUGAUCA